AUGACCCUCGCGGUGGAUCUUGGCCUUUUCUCCUGGAGUCAGGUGAUGAACGCCCCUAUCGCUGCCUUGGACUGUGGGCACUACAUUACCCAGAAUGCUCUGCGACGACAGCCGGCCCCGGAGCGCUGGGUCGGGGCUGAGGUGACGAACCGAGAAGGCGCGAGAGGAGGCGCUGUGCCCGCUGCACAGAGCGGGUGUGAGGCUCGGCGACGCCGCCCGGGGGACCCGCGCCAGGGCCGGGACAGGGACCGCCGUGCCCGGAGCCCCUCCUCUCCCGCCGCUUCCGGCCCCGCUCCGCCCUGGAGUCCGAUGGCUGCGGCCGCGCGGACGGAGCCGGCUCAGGUUGGUGUGACCUUUGAAGAUGUGGCUGUGUACUUUUCCUGGGAGGAAUGGGGUCUCCUUGAUGAGGCUCAGAGACGCCUGUACCGAGAUGUGAUGCUGGAGAACUUGGCACUUAUAACCUUCCUGGGUUGUUGGCAUGGAGCAGAGGAUGAAGAGACACUUUCUGAGCAGAGUAUUUCUGUUCAAGGAGGGUCACAGAUCAGGACUGUCAAGACAGAUCUGUCUCCCCAGAAGGCCAACCCCUGUGAGAUGUGUGGCUUGAUCUUGAGUGACAUUUUUCACUUGUCUGAGUACCAGGGAACACAUUGUGGGCAGAAACUAUACAUGUGUGGGGCAUGUGAGAAGCCAUUCUAUUACAGAGUAAACCUUCAUCGGCACCAAAAGCAGCACAUUGGAGAGAACCCAUUGAGAAGCGAUGUGAGGAGAGCCUUGUUUGUGGACAGCUGCAAAAUCUGUAUGUCAAGGAAGCCCUUUACCUUUGGGGAAGUUGGGAAGGACUUCCUGGACAGCCCAGGAUUUCUUCACCAACAGGCCACUCACACUGGGGAGAAAUCAAACAGUGGAACCAAGUAUGGGGCUGCCUUUCUAAGGGAAAAAAAUCAUUAUAACUGGGGAGACUGCACAAAAACUUUCAACCACAAACGCACACUUGUUCAGCACCAGAGAGUCCUCACUAGAGAAAGACGUUACAUGUGCAGUGAAUGUGGAAAAUCAUUUAGCAAAAGCUCCCACCUGAUUAGACAUCAGAAUGUUCACACUGGAGAAAGGCCUUUUGAGUGCAGUGAAUGUGGGAAAUCUUUUAGCCAAAGCUCAAAUCUCAUUCAACAUCGGAGAGUUCACACUGGAGAAAGGCCUUAUGAGUGCAGUGAAUGUGGGAAAUCCUUUAUCCAAAGCUCACAUCUCAUUCAACAUUGGAGAGUUCACACUGGAGAAAAGUCUUAUGAGUGUAAUGAAUGUGGGAAAUCUUUUAGCAAAAGCUACAGCCUCAGUCGCCAUCAGAGUGUUCACACUGGAAAAAGGCCUUAUGAAUGUAGUGAAUGUGGGAAAUCAUUUUCCCAAAACUCUGUGUUCCUUCAACAUCAGAGGGUUCACGCUGGAGAAAGUCCUUAUGAGUGCAGUGAAUGUAGGAAAUCUUUUCGCCAACGCUCUGCACUCCUUCAACAUCAGAGAGUUCACACGGGAGAAAGGCCUUAUGAGUGCAGUGAAUGUGGGAAAUCAUUUGGAUAUAUCUCCAAUCUCAUUACACAUCGGAGAGUUCACACUGGAGAAAGGCCUUAUGAGUGUGGGGAAUGUGGGAAAUCAUUUAGCCAAAGCUCUACCCUCAUCACACAUCAGAAAAUUCACACUUGAAAAAGGCCUUAUGAGUGCAGUCAAUGUGGGAAAUCCCUUACUCAAAACUUCAGCCUUAAUAAGGAGAGUUCACAGUGGAUCAAGGCCUUAGGAAUGCAAUGA